GAGAGGGGAAUUGGGAUGUAUCCAGGAUACAAUGUGUGUAUAUCCACAGGGGCAUGCGAGUCUGGGAAGUCUACGUUCAUCAAACAGAUGCGUAUUAUCCACGGCAGCGGUUACUCGGACGAGGACAAGCGUGGGUACAUCAAGCUGGUUUUUCAGAACAUAUUCAUGGCCAUGCAGUCAAUGAUCAAGGCCAUGGAUAUGCUGAAGAUUUCCUAUGGUCAGGGAGAGCAUAGUGAACUGGCCGAUCUGGUGAUGAGCAUCGAUUACGAGACCGUUACCACGUUCGAGGAUCCAUACUUGAAUGCCAUCAAAACGCUUUGGGACGAUGCUGGCAUCCAGGAGUGCUAUGAUCGUCGUAGGGAAUAUCAGCUGACUGAUUCCACUGAAUAGUCAGUUGGGACACCAGGAGACGACACCGAAAAUGGUUUUUUAAUAAUUUUUUAUUUCAGUUUCUUGGGUGACAUACGUCGAAUUGAACAGGCUGAUUACUUGCCAACCGAGCAGGAUAUUCUGCGUGCUCGAGAGCCGACAUUUAAUAUUCACGUUUAUCCUUUUGAGUUGGAUGGCUACGUGCUGAGCAUGGUGGAUGUAGCAGGACAGCGAACCGAGAGAAGAAAAUGGAUUCACUUUUUUUCGAAUGUAACAUCGAUUAUAUUUUUGGCAGCACUGUCGGAAUAUGAUCAGUUCAUGAUGGAAUCCGAAAACGAUAAUCGACUGGAGGAAUCAAAGGCUCUAUUUCAUACUAUUAUAACAUUCGAAUGGUUUAAAAAUACUUCAAUCAUUCUGUUUCUAAACAAGAUGGACGUGUUGGAUGAGAAAAUAAUGUAUUCGCAUUUGGUAGAUUAUUUUCCUGAAUACGAUGGUCCAAAACAAGAUGCAAAUGCGGCCAGAGAAUAUGUGCUACGUAUGUUUGAAAGCAUUAGUUUAGAUACACAGAAAAAGAUAUAUUCGCAUUUUACAUGUGCUACAGAUACGGAGAACAUUAGGUUUGUGUUCGUUGCAGUAAAGGAUACAAUUUUGCAAAGCAACCUAAAAGAAAGUAAUCUAUUUUAAUAUGAACGUGGAUCU